GUUUUUAUUCUGUUGAGUGAGUUCGUCGAGAGAGGUACAGAAGAAGUGCAAGCAAGUCGGUGGCGCAUAUUCCCAUGCGCAGUGUGCUAGAAAUUACACAUAACUUUAAUAAAAUGUCAACGGAGCUGUAGUAUUACAACAUCUCAUAGUUGUAUAAACAAAUAUUUAACAAAAAUUGUGCUGCGAACAUAUCGAACCAGAAAGCAACUGUACACAUCGUGCUCUCUUACUUUUGGAGACAACAACGCAACUCGCUGGCAACAACAGUUCGUGCGUUGAGUGGAAUAUUGUCUCAGUGCAGGCGAAGGUGAUUAUAUUGUUUAUAAUUAACUUAUAAACAAAUUGCCAGGCAACAAUUUUUUUGAGUAAAAAAAGUGAAAAAGACAACGCAAAAAAGACCUUGCAAUAGCGCUACACAUACAGAAACGUUUUACUCGCUCUCGCUCCGACAGACCUUGUGGAGACCAGUGCUCUCCCCAGUUAACGUGUGCGUUUGUGUGUGUGCGUGAACGUGGAGACUGCCCCUCCGAAAACAAAAGUUUUGGCGCCAAAACUUUGACAGUUCGCCUUGUCGUGCAAUUCGCAAACAAGUGGCCCAAAGCAGAAACGACAAAACUGCGUCGCACAGUCAAAACAGCCAAAGCAGCCAAAACAGAGCUGCCCCCAGUGCCACAUCCAGACACCAGAUAUACCCACAAACAACAUGGUCAGUGCACGCGUGCUAAAUCCCGUCAUGCUCAGUGAGUUCUGCAAGAUAAGUGCCAGUCCGUCGAUCAGUCGCAAUUUGCCCUGCGGCCGUCAGGUGAAUCGCAUCAAGCGCAAUCUCUUCGGCAGUCCCAGUACCACGGAGGCCAGCACCAACAAAGCGCCCUUCAAUGCCGAGCUGGAGAGACACCAGGAAAUGGCCACACAGAAGUGGGGAUUCAACUUCCGCGCUGGCAAGCCUUUGGCGGAUAGCUCCUCGUUCAUCUGGGAGCUUGUCAGCUUUCAGGAGUCCAGCUUUGCCCCCGAAAUGUACACCCUGACUCGUGCGGCCCACGUACGACCCAGCGAGGAGUCCGGUGCCAGCGAGGUGGAUGCGCUGAUCAAUGAGCGUGCUGAGCGCGAGAACUUUACAGUGAAUGUGGUGAACUCGUCGCUGGAGUCCAACACAGACAACGAAUCUUGCUACGACUCCCAGGAUGAGUCGCUUACCGUGCGAUUCACGCCGUCCAGCCUGAGUCAAAGCCUGAGCAGCACAACAUCCGCUCAGGCGCUGCGCAAGCGACAGCCAAAAAUCACAGAGUUCAUGAAGGAGCGAAAGCGACUGGCCCAGGCUCCCAAGAAACUGUCGCCCGCGAAACGCCUGCGUUCCACCUCACCAUCAUCCUCUUCCUCCGGCGGAUUCGGACUGGGAGCGCACUUUGGGGCAAUGCUGAAGCGGCCGCGUCACAAUUAGGGCGCCCGGGUCCCACCACUGCCCCACCGAAUCGAGACUUGCAAUCUGCAAUUGUAUAAUUUUAUUUGAUUUUUUACAAGCCACUGCAAUUUGUAGUAUUCUUCUUAUUUUUUACAAAAUUUUUAUGCAGUGCAAGGGCGACAGUUGCGAAUAUUAAUUGAUAGUCUUCAACUACUCCUUACCCGUAACCAGUAACUAGUUGUAAGCCAAUAAGUUCGAGCUAAAUGAAACUUUGUAGAUUUCCCUAGUGGGAAAUGCCAUAAACUAAGUGAUUAGUUCUUAACAACCAACAAAACUAAACAAACUAUUGAACCAACAAGAAGAUAAGAGGAAGAUCAAGAGACCGCUAGCUAUAUGGAAUUAUCAUUAACUUUAUUGAAACGAACCGAAAUUUAACCUUUCUAUCGAUGAAAUUCUAACUUUUAAUAAACUGAAAAUCCUGAAAUUCGUUUAAAUUUCGUUAGCAACAUGUGCUUUCGAAAUUUCCUUAGAUACAAAACUCAUUUUUGCUCGGAUCCGGCAAUUUAUUGAAACUAAACCCCGGACCAGAGCUAAAAUGACUUUUGACUAACUUUAAAAGCCACUAAAACGGGGCCACAUUGAGCAGGGGUCUUCGGACUUGGCUCAAUGCUGUCUCGCUUUUGUUCGACCAACUAACAUUGUCCUUAAUUCGACCAGUGGAAAAGCCAACAAACUUUGAUUAAGUGCGUAAAUUUCUGGGCUUUUGGCCGUCCUUCAUUUUGAUAGCGGCCGAAUUCCCACAAAUUUUCAAAGCUGUCAUUUCUUAACCAAUGGUAAAAUGUCUUUAUGAUUUGCCAUGAUCUCUGGGGCAAAUUAUGAAAACAGUUUUGCCUACAACUAUUAUGUACAAAAAUUAGAUACUAUAUAGAACCUAUUAUACACAUAGGCAGAGCCUAUUCUUCAUAACAUUUAUUCAUAACCACCUACUUCUAAGGCCUAACUAAGAACAAAAUCCAAAGUAUUCUCCUAAUAUUUAUAUGUAUAGCUGUAUAAUUACCAUAUACACAACUCAUACUUCAAUAAAAACAGAAAGCAGAAAACAAAAUCAAAAAACGAAAAACACGAAAACAAUCACGGAACAAGAAUAUAAAAUACAGAAAAUGUUCUUUUUGCAGAAAGUGACAAAUCCGACAGUCCGCAAAUCCACAAAAUCAUUUACAUGUUGUUGCUUUGUUAU